AUGGCGCCCACUCCCUGCUUUCACUGCAAAUCCGCUCGCGCGGUCAUCAUCCGCCCCAAGAACCGCCACAAGCUCUGCCGCGGCUGUUUCCUACACGUUUUCGAAACCGAAGUCCACGAGACCAUCACAUCAACCUCCCUCUUCCAGCGCGGUGAGCGCGUCGCCAUCGGCGCCAGCGGCGGCAAAGACAGCACGGUACUAGCCUCGGUGCUGAAGACGCUCAACGAGCGCUACGACUACGGCCUCGAACUAUGUCUACUCUCUAUCGACGAAGGCAUCAAGGGCUACCGUGACGACAGCCUCGAGACCGUGAAACGCAAUGCCCAGCAAUACGCCAUGCCCUUGGAGAUCGUCGGCUACGGCGAACUCUACGGCUGGACGAUGGACCAGGUCGUGGCCCAGAUCGGCAAGAAGGGUAACUGUACCUACUGUGGCGUGUUUCGGCGGCAGGCGCUCGAUCGCGGCGCGGCGCGUUUGGGCAUCUCGCAUGUCGUGACGGGGCAUAAUGCGGAUGAUGUGGCCGAGACGGUUAUGAUGAAUUUGCUCCGUGGGGAUUUGCCCCGUCUCUCGAGGGGGACGAGUAUCGUGACGGGAUCGGCCAUGUCGGAGGUUAAGCGCUCUAAGCCGUUGAAAUAUGCGUAUGAGAAGGAGAUUGUGCUGUAUGCGCAUCAUAAGCAGUUGGAUUAUUUCAGUACCGAGUGCAUUUACUCGCCGGAGGCGUUUCGGGGCAGUGCGCGCACGCUGAUCAAGGAUCUGGAGAAGAUUCGGCCCUCGUCCAUUCUGGAUAUCGUGCGCAGUGGCGAGGAUAUGGCCCAGCUGGUGCCGCCGGAGGUGAAGCAGAGUGGCGGCGGUGCGGGGGAGUCGAUGGGCGGUUGUGGUAGCCAGAAUGGACGCACGAGAGGCGGCGAGAUGGCGGAGAUGGAGAGGAAGUUGGCAGAGGAUGAGGUGGCCGAGUCGAGAGAGACGGAAAUCAAGAUGGACGGUGCGAAGACCGAGUCGAAGCCCGCGUACUCGAUGAAAGUGAGGCAGCGGAUUCCCAAGCAGAUCAAGACACAGACCAUGAAUAACUGCGAGCGCUGUGGGUAUAUCUCCAGUCAGAAGGUAUGCAAGGCAUGUGCGCUGCUGGAGGGGUUGAAUCGGAACCGGCCCAAGACGUCGAUCGAGGUGGGAAUUGAAGAUGAGGAGGGCAGCUCGACGUUGAUGAGACAGAUGGAGAAGGUGGAGUUGGGUGGUUGA